AUGUGUCCUCCUCAGAGCAAGGAGACCACUUCGACCGAACAGCAAAUCAAAAAGUUGGAGGAAGACCUUCUUGAGCUGGCCAUUAUUAGGAGCGUGGACGACGAUAUAAUCUCCGAUUUGCUAACUAAUCCCAUCUACAUGGAUCCCGAACGUUCGGAGGCUGCUUAUGAGACGAUAGACAAAAUUCUAGAAGCGAUGGAGGAGGACCUGAAAGCCAACCAGGCCGGUAAGCGUCAAGGAAUAAUCAAGAGAUUGGGCCCAUGUAUCCUUCCCUGGGUUCAAGAGAAGUAUGGCCGCUAG